AUUAAAUAAGACGUUAGAGCCAUUCAGAGAUCACUGUUCGGCUUAUUUGAGUUUCGUUGCGUUGUGAGUAUUAAUUAAUAACAUUUAUUACCCGUUUUUAUCUUUUUAAACACACGUAAAGACUGCAGACUAACAAAGCGUAGCCUGGUUGGCUGGACGCCGUUUUUAAGAUGGGAGACAUAGCAGAGAUUCAUAUAACACCCGAGACUCCUGGAAGACCCGCUAUCUUGAACCCGUUUGAGAGCCCAAACGACUACCACCGUCUGCAUGAGCCCGUGGUGCCCAGUCCGUCGGUGUUCAAGAGCUCCAGGAGCUCCUCAGCGACGCCAGCUAAGUUCAAAUGGUCCAUUGAUGAAAUGGCAAAUUUACUUCCUGUGGAAAUAGACCCAGAGGACAUUCACCGCCAGGCUAUGUUUCUGAGCCAAGCCAGGGCAGAUACUGAGAUUGAGGAAAAACGGCAACAUGCCAUUGAACAGUUUUUCACUAAAGGUGCAAUUGUUCCCUCUCCGUGGGGACCACCAGCAGCUAAACCAUCAGUAAAAAUGCCACAUCAGAAAAGUUCUUUGUCCCCACUGGUAACAGAGACACUUCAGUCAUCAAAGAAAAUAAAUGCCAUCUGUCAGACGGUCCUGUCUCUACCUGUGGACUUCAAUCUUGAAAAAGUUCUGGGUGAUUACUACAAGACAGAAGAGCUAACCGAACAGGUGCAGGAGAGCCUCAGCUCCUCUUCUUUGCGGCGGAAGCUGUUUCUUGAUGGCCAUGACAGUGGCUCUGAGUCCUCUACCCCUUCCAGCCCAGACAGAUAUUCCCAUAAUGUUCCUCCCAGCAGUCAAGAGAUGAUGUCUUCUGUUAUUGUCUCUCCAAUUCAGUGUGGCAUUCCAACUGGGACGCCCUUGUCUGGCCAGUUUUCAUCCAGUCCCAUCCAAGGCCAGGGUCGAGCACACAGUCUGGGCAGUGUCGCAAGUCCCAUGUUUUCAGAGAGAUCGUCACCUGCUUUCAAGUCUCCUAUUCUGUCGCCCAUCAGACUUCAGCAUUCUGUGACGCCUGUAUCAGGUGAGAGGAAAAGGCUGUCGUUUUUGUCCCCCAAUGGCAUUCCUAUGGGCAGCUCAGACAUGGACAUGAACCAAUGUGGAGAAAGCCCAUUGGUGGAGGGCUGUUCCCCUAUUCGAAGCUGCUCCCCCUUUCAAUCCCGACCCAGAAACAGAGCCUGUAUGUGGGCCUCUCCUACUCACAUUUCCCCUAUCCUUCACUCAAACCUCCAGGACAAGGAGAACAUCCAUCCCAGUGAACCUUUACCCACCAUGGACCUGGACGCUAACUCGACAGGACCUCAUGCCCAGCGAGAUGGACACCAAUCUGGGGAAAGUGAGUCAGAGGCCUCCGUGGCUGUUUCUGAGCAAAUGGAUCAAGACGAGCAGUUUGUGAAGGACAGUGGAGGAGAUGAGAUGAACAGAGGGGAAAAUGAGGAUGAGGUCAUCAGCAGGAGCAGAGAGGAAUCCUGUGGUUGGGUUCCUGAAGAGGACACCGCGUCACCAGCUAGACUGUCCAGCUCUCGAACAGGCAGUGUGCCCAACGCUGAGAGUACGCACAUGUUUGUAUCCCUGCUUGCGGAAGGAAGCAUUACACCGUACGACGUUAGCAUGCAGGUGGAUAGCGGUUAUAACACUUACUCGGUGUGCACUACCAGCUUAAUGGACACCCUCAGUUCAGACAGCCAGAGUAAGGACAUGCUGGACACACACACUGCUGAAGAGGGUGUACCUUUCACUAGACACACUAAACCAAAGUUGUUUGCCCUGCCGCACUGAGCAUGAGGGACAGAACAGGCACUUUACACACUCUUACCCCCAAAGCUGUGGAAGAAAUGCGUGACACAUUUACACAUUAAGCUGUAUGGUGCUCAUGUCAUCUCAUAUGAAUGCUGAAUACUGUGGUUGGUUUUACUAUCUGAGCCUUGUGAAAGUUUUUGUAUUGACUAAUCUACAGUAUUUAUUCUUGCUCCAAAAAAGAGAUGACUUUGGGACUGAGAAAACUUGAAUUAGAUUUAAGAUUAUGUAUGGGUUUUAUUGAUUUGGGAAAUGUAGCUUUCAGUUACUUGUGAUUUGUUCAAAGAGGGUGGCAGAUAUGUAACCAUUUCCUCUAGCUGUUUUUAUAGGGCCUUUUUUUACAGUCUUAAAACUAUUUAUGAAUUAAUCAAUCACUAACAAACGUAUGGAGAUACUGCAAGGUAUACAUAUUAUGACGACAUGUAUCUGAAUUGUAAUAAAAUGUCUAGAUAAA